CCUUCCUUCCUUUCCUUUUUGAUUGUUCGAGGGGCAACGCAAGGCAAGGCAAUUUUGGGUUCGUAGGAAUGGAGUUUUUGGACGAGGACACGAAGCCAAGGUUCGUGUUUCAGUCUGGAGCAGUUGCAAGCACAGAGCCACAACCGAACCACAAACCAACCAAGCCAUUCGUCUUCGUCACCGUUUCUCUCUCUUCCCUCUUGCUCACACUGUCUCUCUUCUUCCUCCAAUCCGAACCCUUCAAAUCGCUCCUCUUAUGGCUCUCACUCUCUCUCUUCCUCGGUCCCUUCGCUCCUCCCUCCCUCACCGGCGGCGAUGUCCGCGUCGGCCGCGGCCACGUCGUUCACUUCCCCGAUCCGGAACCCGAACCCGACGACGAUGCUGAUAGGAGACCUUUGCAGCGACGAUCGAAGCCGCGCAGAUCCGAGGAUGUCGCCGUCGUCGGUCCGUUCAUCCCAGCCGGUAACGGAGGCGCGUCGGAGAAGAGAAGAGGCGAUGGUGGAAUAGAGAACCGUGUGGCGGUGGUGGAGGAGGAGAAGGAGUGGAAGGAAGAGGACGUGGAGGUGCUGAAGAAGCAGAUGGCGAAGCAUCCGGUUGGGAAACCGGGACGGUGGGAGGCGAUUGCAGCGGCGUUCGGAGGGAGGCACGGUGUGGAGAGUGUGAUAAAAAAGGUGAAGGAGUUGGGGGAGAAGAGAGUGGAUGAUUCGGAGUCGUAUGCGUUGUUCUUGAAGAAGAGGAAAGCAUUGGAUAAGAGAGUUGUGGAGAACGGGGGCGAAGAUUUAGGUGGUGGAAGCUCUGUGACGGUUGAGAGUGGUUGGAGUUCUGGAGAGGAUAUUGCGUUGUUGAAUGCUUUGAAAGCGUUUCCUAAGGAUGUUUCCAUGAGAUGGGAGAAGGUUGCUGCUGCGGUUCCUGGAAAAUCCAAGGCCGCUUGCAUGAAAAGAUUUGCUGAAUUGAAGAAAGGGUUUCGGAGUUCAAAGGCUGCUGCGGAUGGGUAGAUUCAGCAUUCUCUCCUUAAUUUUUGUUGAAUUAGAAUACGAGGGAGUGUGAAAUGCUGUUGGUGAGGUAAAUGGAUUUGUGGACUUAUAAUUUAUUUGGGAUUUUUUUGGCUUUUUAGUUAUGAGGUACGAUUUAUGUUGCUUAUUUGUUUUGAUGAGUCAUUCUUUGCUCGAUCUUGUGUUAUUAAGUAGCUCUCGUCAAGAUGACACUCCAAUUCUGUCUGCGUAACUUCAAAAGGCAUUGAACGAUCAUGAUUGUGUAUUGAGAAUUCCUUACAGUGAUAAACUGAGAAUAGAUAUUUAAUGUUUA